CGGGAACAAGGGAGCAAGGGUACGGAACAGGGACGGUGGAAGACGAAGGGGUCGGGGGCCCUUCUCUUGGCCUGGGGGGUUGGGGGGAGCGGCGACGAUAAAAGGUAACGCCAGGCUGACUUCCGUCACAGCCAGGCUGCCUCCACUGACAACAUGAGGUCGCUCAUCGCCGUGUUCCUCUCCCUGGUUUUAUUGGGGGCGGUGGCAGCACGAAGUUACGAAGAGCAGCCUGUCCCCAACCCUGAGAGCGAUGAAGGAGAAGGCUCCCACCCGCUAGUGCAAGAUGACAUGCUGGAAGAAGCUUCCCCCAAUUUUGAAGCCGAUGAAACAGACGAUUCCGACCCCAUGAUGAAAGACGACAUGGAAGAAGAUGACCUCGACUCAGAGGACGACGAAACAGACGACGAAAUGGUCGAAGAAGAAGAAGAAGAAGAAGAAUCGGAAGAUGAUUACUAUGGCGAGUAUGCGUCUGAUGAGGAGGACUCCACGAUUAUACCUGAAAACAUUGAAAGAGUCGCAUCCAACUCAGGCACGGGAGAAUCCCUGCCGGAGGCUCAACAGCAGAACGCCACCUACCCGGAAAACAUGGACUUUGUUGAAGAGACCUCAAGUGAGUCCUGGGAAGGUGCAGGAGAGGCAACCAACAGCACAAUUCAGGGCGAGAGGGAAGGCGCGAUAACGGGAGCGGAGGAUGAGCCGUCGACGGUUGAGGAUGGCAACACUAUGAUUGAUGAGGAAGAGGAUGCCAGGAUCAAGAAAGGAAAAGGCUGCAAAACUCUCUCGCGCUGCACAAAGCUCGACGGGAAGUGCAGGAAGAAGAAGACGGGAUGCAAGAAGAACGAGAAGGUUCAGGCGAAUACGAAGAAUGUGUUCUGUGGCCACAAGUCGUGCGAGUGCUGCGUGAAGGAGACCAAGAAAGCUAAGUGCCAUGCCAAAGAGAAGUGCUGGAAGCAGAAGGGUACAUGCCAGAGCAAGCACAAGCCAUGCCACGGGAAAUUAAAAACUGGCAAAAAUUUCUGCACUGGGAAGGACUGCGGCUGCUGCGUCCCCGCGAAGACGGAGCCAGCUUGUAAAACUAAAUACGGCUGCAAGUAUCACAAGGGCGUCUGCAUCAACUUUGCCAAGACACCGUGUGCCACCACCCUCCUGGUGGGGGAGCAGUACUGCAAGGGCGACUACUGUGGCUGCUGCGCUCCUGACAAGCCUACCAGUAGGUCGUAGUUAUUUAUAUUUACUAACCGUUUUGCUCUCCUUCAUUGUUCCAGGCUCGUGGUAGGAGCAUUGCUUCAACUCUUGUCCAUUUUUUAUGUUAAGGUCAAAGUGACAACGUUAUUUACAGGCACUGUUUUGUCAACUUCAUUUGGCACGGAACAACGGAAAGGUCCCCGAACCAUAGCUGUUUUCAGUGAGAUAGGCAGGUGUGUCUGCAAGCGGGUAAGUGGGAGAAAAAAAAUGUAACCAUCCAAAGUCCACAAAUGUCCUAGGCGAACCUUUUAACCAACUGGGACAGGAAACAGUGUGCUGUAAGAUGCGCGAGAUACCAUGUGAUGAGCUGUAAUAUAGGCAAGGUUCCGCUAAUCCCUCCCCCGAGCCUAAGUAUUUCAUGUCUAAAUCCAUCGACUUAUUGAAGACACACACUUUUUUGGCGUUCCCUUGGCAUCGUCCACUCGGGGUUGUCUCUUACAAAAAACAACCCGGUGAACAGAUCGACUUCUGAGUGGCACGUGCCCGUAUGGCCGAUGUUGGCGUCCAUGAACUAUGCAAGUAAUCGGCCUCGAAUCAGUCUCACGGAGUAAUCGCUGGCUUGACAGUCAUUCCACCUCUAUCCCAUAAUUCUGCGCAGGCGCUUAUUACCUAGGCCCUGGGUAAUUAGUGCCUGCGCACGAAAUUGAUGUCCUAGGUUCUAGGGCAUCAAUUCGCCUCUCAAGUCACACCUGUCCGCACCUACGUAGAUCAUCAUUGAUCAUGGCCUGUUUUACCUUUUUGGAAGCUCUACGUAUAAGCCACAACAUAUUGAAAUCUCAGAUCUCUGGGUCUGCUUUUCAAGGGUUUCAGAUUAUAGAGGCCAAAAAUAAACCAAAGCUACAUACAUAAAAUAAAAAUUAGCUGUUAGCAUUAGCUUUGGCUAUUCUCUUAGUGGUUUAUCGGUUUAUCUUAAAUACAGCUAACUCCUUAGUUAGUGUAUUAGCGGUAAGCGAAGCUAUUUUUUCAGUUGGCAGUUGGUGCCUACCAUUGGCGAUGAGACAUUAAGUUGUAUUUUAAGACUGAAAUCAAAGAAUUUUGCUUGCAUUGGUUUAUACAUAACUAAAGUAUGGCGGCUGCGAAGGGAAAACAAUUGGAAGCGUCUUCUUUACUAAGUCAUCUAAUCUUUCCUUACUCGUUUGACAUUAGAUAUUCACUGACAUGCAUUUUGUUGUCAGCGCCGGGGCUUUUUCAUGAGUACGGUUAUAAGCUCAGACUGCGUCAUUAUCAUCUUCCCAUCUUACAAAACACUGCGGCCAGCCAUCCCAGUCUUCCCUUUCAGAUGACCAAUCAUAUAUGAGUUAUGUUUAUGUAUUUAUCAUCAUCGUUAAUAUUUUUUUACCUCUGGUGUAUGACAGCGAUGAUGACCCCCGAGAUCUUCACCCUACAUGCUGCACAACCCUUAAUUGCCUUCCCCUGGGCGGCAGCAAUAUUUAUUUACACGAAUGUUGCAUCCAUAAACACACUACACAAUGACUAUGACGCAAUGACAGGACCGAGACUAUAUAAUAUGAACGACCGAUUAUGUCUGACACGCCUGUAAGAGAUGCAGGCUGCACGUCUUUUACUACUACCGCCACGCUGACGUAAGUAUACCUAAUAUAUUCACUAGUAUCAAUCUCCGCUCUUGUGUGUGUGUGUGUGUGUGUGUGUGUGUGUGUGUUAUAGUUGUCACAAAAAUUUAAUAGCAUAAUCAUAUACUCUCAAGCAUGAUUGAUUGAUUGAUAGUUUAUUGUUGCAAGUAAACAACAAAGGAGAAGGGAGGAGCAUGCCAUCCCAACCCCCAGGCAGUACAUAGUGUGAUUAUACAACUAAGGAUACAUGUGAAAGUAGCAAGAGGAAACUAAAAAGAUACUAUGGUAGGGGACAAGUGCUAAAAAGAAAAUAAAGGCCUUGAUCAUGCACAAAAGACGUCAUGUGGUUGCAGUCAGUGUUCGUACGUAUCUUUUUUUAAUGGAAUGGAAUACACGAAUGACCUCAGAAUGAAUCAGUUUCGUACUUGGGACAAAAGUCAAGCAUACUUGAUAUUCUCACCCUCUGUCUUCAAUUUUUUUUUCCCCCGCACGACGAGAAGUCAGGAAUGGUUGCGGCAGUGGUGAAUCUCCGUGGACUUCUUACAUACACGAAGACCCUCUCAGCAGACGUGCCCAAUGAUGGUUUUAGAUCGAUGGUAACACUCACGUCGGGUUCUGUGUUCGGGAGGAGCCGCAGUUUUACCGACGAUGGAUGAGGAAAACCAUGAUGAUGAAGAACAUUCUCUUUUAAUAUUCCACCAGUGUUUGUAAUACUCUACUUAUUGAAUAAUAUUUGAC